UACUCACUAUAAAAAGACAUCACGUCCGCGGCGCUGCUCACACUGCACUGCUCACCACCACCACCGGGCGAGAGAGAGCGAUCGAAGGCGAGGAGGGAAGAUGCAGAUCUUCGUCAAGACGCUGACGGGGAAGACGAUCACGCUGGAGGUCGAGAGCAGGGACACCAUCGACAGCGUCAAGGCAAAGAUCCAGGACAAGGAAGGUAUCCCCCCAGACCAGCAGCGUCUCAUCUUCGCAGGGAAGCAGCUGGACGAUGGCCGCACUCUGGCCGACUACAACAUCCAGAAGGAGUCCACGCUUCACCUGGUGCUGCGUCUCCGCGGUGGCAGCAGAGGCGGCUACCCCAAGUACCUGGCCAUUGACCUCCGCUUGCUUGCCCAAAAGUACAAUGAGAACAUGAUGGUCUGCCGCAAGUGCUACGCACGCCUUCCACUCAACUCUACCAACUGCCGCAAGAGGAAGUGUGGCCACAGCAGCGAGGUGAGGAUGAAGAAAAGGUUCAUUUCUAAGUUUGGGAAAGACAAAGACUAAACAUUGGAAGCAUGACAUGCAUCAGCUGAAUCAACUGUCUUAGUGUCGUAUCAGAGUUAUGACUAGAGUUUAUGUUUUUCCCUGGUUGAAAGUUUCGCCUGGAUUUAGAACCUUGAUUACUCUUAUGAAUGCUGGGGAUUUAUGCAUAUCAGUUUCAUGGUUAAGAAAUGGUGGUGACAGUUCUCUUGGAUUUUGUACCAUGAUAACUCAUGCGAGAUGACCGAAUUGCUUCUUAGAAAUGAAUCUUGUUGUUUAAAUGAA